AUGCUAUUGCUAGAAUAUGCUGCCCGAAAUAAAAAUGAUUCUGUUGUAGUUGAUCCGAUUGCAGUUUGUUGUUUGGUCGAAAUCAUUCUGUCCGAGGCCAGACUUUUGUAGCUUACUUGUAGGUCGUCACUGUAGAGAAACAAGAUGCCUGCCGCACGCAAAUCUCAAAGGAAGGUACAGAGCAGGAUUGUGCUAGAUUGCACUAACCCAGUAGAGGAUGGUAUCCUCGACGCUUCAGCAUUUGAGCAAUUCCUGCAUGAGCGCAUCAAGGUUCAAGGCAAGAUCGGAAAUCUUGGCAAUGCUGUCUCUAUCACGAGGGAGAAAGAGAGAAUUCACGUGGUCGCAGACGUUCCCUUCUCCAAGAGGUAUCUGAAGUACCUUACCAAAAAGUUCCUGAAGAAGAACAACCUACGCGACUGGCUACGCGUUGUUGCCAACGGUAAUACGUCGUAUGAACUCCGCUACUUCCAGAUCAACAACGAGGAGGAAGAGAAUGAAGAGGACGAGCAGUAGAUACAAUUGUGAUCAUUAUUUAUUCGUGUCUGCCAGUAUUUGAGCUACAAAACCAUGUA